AUGGUCGCUUCCGUCUCCGGCGCUAGUCGCACGAUAUUCGCUCUCUGUUCUCUUAUCGCCGCCCAAGGUGGGUUUGCCGCUGCCGGUGGCGGUGCUGUCGCUGGCGGUGCUUCCCAGGCCGACAUCGGUUCGUGCCUCGACAAGGCUGGCGUUGAGACCUCGCUACCCACCACUUCUACCUGGGCCGUGGACACCGAAGCUUGGAACUCACGUGUGAGCCCCGUGCCUUCCGUUGUCGCUUUCCCUAAGACCGAAGAAGAGGUUUCUGCCACUCUGAAAUGCGCCGCCAAGGCUGGUCUUAAGGUGACUACUCUCGGUGGCAACCGAUCGUUUUCCAGCAUGGGCUUCGGCCGCAACGAUGGUGCCCUUAUUGUUAACCUGAAGGGUCUGAAGCACCUCGAGUACGACGAAUCGACGCAGCUCCUGUCGUACGGUGGUCCUGUCAUGAUCUCGGAGGCUGCGAACUUUAUGUGGAACAAGCACCAGCGUACACUUCCUCACGGCCGUUGCCCUGAUGUCGGCAUGACUGGUGUGGCCGCUUCAGGUUUCGGCACUCUGUCUCGCUCUAGCGGCACGGUCCUGGACAACAUUGAGUCUGUGCGCGUGGCUCUCGCCAACGGUUCCAUCGUUGACGCCGAUGCCAAGCAGAACUCGGCCCUGUUCUGGGGUGUGCGAGGUGCUGCCAGCUCGUUGGGUGUUGUUUUGGACUUCAAGAUCAAGACGUACGAGCCUCCUUCGGAGCGUGUGACGAACUACACCAUCGAGUUCAACUCGAGCUACAAGCCGACGCAGCAGGACAAUGUUGACGCGCUUGUCGGUACGCAGACGUGGGCUCUGGGCAAGGACAACAACGAUCUUGUGUCCAUCCGCUUCAGCCUUAAGACCAAGUCUGCUCUGCAGGGUUUCUUCUAUGGCGGGGGCGCCGAGGCCAAGACUGUGCUGGGUUCGCUCAUGAAGAACUUGCCUUCUUCAAUGAUUCUCACGAUCGAGGAAAACGAUUUCUGGACUUCUGAGGACAUUACGACCCCAGGCCUCUUUAAGGAGACGCUCACCCCGCGUCGCUACUUCUACAUUACCUCAGUGACGAUUCCCCGUAAGACCCCGCUAAACAACGCCACGGCCUGGGAGCUGUUCUCCAACACUGCCUUCUCUCCUAAGCUUCCGGACGCAUCGGCCUCUGGCUUCGUGGACAUCUGGGGUGGCAAGUACGCGAAGGGUGUGAAGGCUGACGCUUCAGCCUGGAAGCACGAUGACAACCUGCACCUGGUUCGUUGGGACAUGCGCUCGUCUGCCUUCAACGUUUCGUUCGCGGACAGCACGAUGACGACCAUGCGUGAGGGUUUCUACAAGUUUGUGGACGCUUACAAGGCUUCGGGUGGUGUACCCGGUGGUUUCACGACGUACCGUGACGAGAAGUGGACGGUGCCGGAGAUGGCCGAGUACCUGUAUGGUGGCGGUAACUUCGAGAAGCUGCAGAAGAUCAAGACGGAGUACGACCCGAACGAGAUGUUCAACACGGACCCUCAGGCCAUCCCCGCUCUGUCGGCUUAG